AAGAGGCGGCGAACCUCCUUCAAUAUCAGGCAGAGGAAGAGGCAGCAGCGACGCAGCAAAGGGACGAAGAAGAAUUUAACGGUUCCCGGUUGUUGAACCGCUGCAACUUCCACUGUGCCGGUGGCUUACAGGGUGAUUUGGACUCGAGCGUAGCACCGGUGAAAGGGCAGCCUGUUUAAUUUAGUUCACCCUGCCAACUCACGGCGAUGUGUUUCCAACGAGCAGCUAUGUGCUAACAACUCACCUGGCCAAGGAUCAUUACCGCAUUUAAAAGACCGAGAGCAAUGGAGGAGGGCUCUGAGGUGACGGAGGAUAUUGUAUUUCGAGGGGUGGAGUUUUCUGUGAAGAUAGAGGUGGACAAGGGUUUGCUUAUGGUCGAAAUCUCCGACUCAAUGACAGCGGAUCAGUGGAGGGGGGAAUUUGAUCCAGCAUACAUUGAGGACCUCACUCGGAAAACUGGCAACUUCAAGCAGUUUCCCAUUUUUUGUAGCAUGCUGGAAUCAGCUGUUAGAAAGAUGAGUGAUUCUGUUACACUCGACCUGUUGACCUAUGCUGACCUGGAGCUUCUACGUAACAGAAAAGCAGGAGUGGUUAGUCGUCCUCGCGGCCAUCAGCAGUCAUCUGUUCUCACUGCCAAAAGAUAUCUAAUCCUCAUAUACACUGUGGAGUUUGACAGGAUACACUACCCUUUACCCCUGCCCUUUGUGGGUAAGCCAGACCCAGCUGCCCUGCAGAAGGAAAUCAGAGCCCUCAGAGCUGAGCUUAGAGCUCUCACAUCUCAAGGAGUUAACAAAUCUGCAGAACUAGAAAUACAGCGGCUACGAGCAGAGCUGGCUCUGGUGAAAGAAGAGAAGGAGGCCAUGGCCAAAGUUCUGGAGCGACUGCAGAUGACUGCAAGUGGCUCCACACCUGGGCGAGAGGACUGGAGGGUUAGAGAUGUGGUGAGGACGCUGGAGGAACAGCUUGUCAAGGAGAGGGCCAAAAGUCAACGCUCGGCAAGCAAGAGAUGCCAGGAGCAGCGACUCCUAAUUGAGCAGUUGGAGGAGCUGAGAGCAUCGGAGUGUGCUCUCCGUGUUCGUGUAAAGAGUCUUACCAGUGAACUGGCGUUACUACGGAGAGGGUUAGACAAUCUAAGCGUCAGAGUGACUCCAGUGUCCGCUCACAUCAGCUCUCGAGUUGAUGGGGAAAUAUAUCGCUCUCUCUCACGCGAGAGGAGGUCGGGGUACGGGACAGUAAGGGCUCGCUCAGGAUCCAGAGAACGGAUACAGGACAGAGUGCAAAGGUCAGAUGAAAGAGGAAGAAGAGCAGAUUCCUCAGGACCACGUGCUCGCAUACCCAGGCCAUCACCCUCUCCCACUGGGUCAGGGGUAACACGCUUUGACCCAACUGCAUACAUCCAGGACAGACAACGCAGACAGAAAGAGGCAGAACUCAAAAAACAGAGGAAGGCGCGUAGGGAUAUGCUGGCGUCACCCAUUGUCCCAGAGAGGGGGCGUUCACGUUCCAGGGAGACCUAUCCUCAGAUGACCCGGUCCGGCAGCAGAGGCAGGAGUUUAUCUGUGGAGCGGAGAGGGAGCAGGAACUCCUCUGAAAGCUCGUUAGUGGACAUGGAUGAAAUGGCAAAAACUCUGUUCAGAGGAAGAAAACAGACUUACAAUGGACCCAAUGUGUCAAGAGGGGGCCUUUUAACCAGGAAGCCGUUGUGCAGUACUCCAACACACAGAACGAAAGACAAAGGGAGCUCCAUAGAUACAGGUGCUGAGCUGUCGGAGAUUGAUGCCAGGCUGCAGGCGCUUCAGGAAUACAUGAGGGACCUGGAUACUGGACACUAACACGGCUUGGAGCUCAGGCGGUGGAACACAUCCAACUUCAAACAUGAGCGAUGGGUUUACAUGUGUAUAUGUGUUCAUGUAAGACACUAAAACUCCUUCUUGAGGGUCAGACUUCCAUGACUUCAGGAAACUACAGCCA